AUGCUUGGACCAAUACUCGAUGACAGCAAAGGCUACCGCCAUCUUCACUCAUCAGACGAUUCUGAAGCCCAGCCCGAUGAUUCCAGCUCGCAAGCUCUUCUAUUCGAGGGGAAUCGCGAAACCCACAAACGCGCUACAAUAUGUCCAUGGCCCACUCGCAAUGUCAUCAAAAGCACUGUCUUCUUCCUAGUGACACUCGGUAACGUCGCUAUGUUCUUUUCUUCAUUGCUCAUAUUCUCGAAGACGGACUAUUUCUGCAUGCAACGUAAUGCUAUAUGGUCUCCUGUCUGGGAGGAUGUGAACACUGGAUAUACACAUACACGGUUCAAUGGAACACUGGAUGCACCGAGCAAAUACCGUGGGCCUCCUAGCAGUGCCGUCGAUGAGGCCUGGAGUCAAUUAGACAAUGUUGGGUCCGUUGCCCUAGACGAAGAUACUUUCUUAAAAGCAGGUGGCACGAAAGAGAACGCAAGAAUGCCCGAUGACCUCGGAGGCGGCUACAUGGCCGACAUAGAAGUUCUUCAUCAAAUGCACUGCCUUAACUUCGUGCGCAUGGCAGUUUACGCAGAGUAUUACCGCGAUAUUGCGCCUGAAUGGCGAGAUUCCAACCGCACUUUUCACAUUCAUCUAGACCACUGCAUUGAAAUGAUCCGCAUCAAUCUCUUAUGUCAAGCAGAUGGCGGAGUUAUACCGUUCCGAUGGGUGGAGGAUUACCGGCGCCCGUUGCCGGACUUCAGCACCAAACAUAAAUGUCGGGAUUGGGAGGCCGUGAUUCAAUGGGCCAAGGACCGACAGGUCAUUGCUCCGUCUCAUUAUCCGUGGAAGCCGCAGACUUGGGAAAAGGUCUUUUCGAAGCCGGCGUGGAUGGUGUCGGGAGAGGGACAUGAGCAUGAACAUGGUCAUAGAGCAGGGACGAUGUAA